AGAAGUUUAACCUACUAUAUCUUUUGAGGAACAUGAAUCACUUUCUGGGAUAGAUCUAACACAUAUGUGGCCUUUUAGUGGAAGAGUUGUUUUAAAACUAGAUAGGAAACAGUUUUAGGUGUUGACUAUAGUUAAUAAACCCCAAAAGUGGCAUGAUUCAUGCUUCACUUUGCUCAGAUUCGAUAUCCUUUAUUUGGUAAAAUAAUUCAUCUUCUUCGAGUUUUAAAUGACUAAAGGUAGUACUCCGCAGAGCGCACCCUUUCUGAGAUUACAGACCCGAUAUAAUGACCAUGCCCAAAUAUGGCCGUGGGUCGGGCACGAAAAAACCCGGCCCAACACGAGCACGGAGUCGUGGGCCGGGCCUGGGCCUUAUUUUUUUUGGAAAAGCACAACAAGACACGGCACGACCCGACUGGACAAAGCACGCUAAAUUCAGUAUAAUUAGGCUCAGGCACGACGACCUGUGAGCCUGGGUCGGGCCAGCCAUUGUUUUGAACUUUUCGACCCGGUCCGAUGCAGAGUGAGUUUGGUGUGGGCUGGACCCUUUCAUCCCCAAAGCUCAUGAGUCGGGCUGAAGCUCAGCCCGAGCCCGACCCGCACAUCCAUCUUCAUGGAGAAAAUGGGUGUUUGAAAAUAGCAGACGUGGCGAAUGCUCAUCUAUAGAUUAUGCGAGCAAAUUGCGCACGCGAGGAAGAUCCAGACAUAAUCUAAGAAAUUCCUGAAUAUGCCUUGGUAUCCUGAUACAGACAAAUGUUUAGGUAGGAAAUUGUGAAGGAUUACUGUUAUAGAUCAAAAGUUUAGGAGAGAAGGACAAAAUGAUGUCCCAAUCAUGGAAAAAACACAGUCGUGGAGAAACAGAGAUCUCUUUCUCUACCUAUUUUUUUUUUCUGAUAGGUAUACUUUUAGAAAAACAAGACAAGUCCCUUUUCACCAAACGAAAGAAUAUACCGAACCGCUCUAGAGAAAAGCCACUGAGUAUGGCUUUACAGUUACAGGAUCAGCUUUUUGGCCUCUGACUCGUUCCGAAGAAGUUGAGGCAGUUGUGAUUGGAUUUGAGAUAUGUUAUGUUUUUCCAUAUAAAGAUUCCUCCUUUUCUUUGUCACCAUUAGUGUUGCAUUAUUGAUAUAAACAGCUGGGUUUGGACUUUGGAGUUUAGGAUUAUACUAAAAUGUUUUGAGUCUUUACUCAUACAUGAUUAGUUGAUUAUACAUGUACUUGCAAGAUUUAGACUUUCCCGCUUGACCCGCUAAAGUUUACCCCUUUCAUUACCCGGCCCGCUUUUGACCCGCACCAACCCUGACCCGACCCGCACAAUAACCAGGUCUAGUGUAGACUAUGCUUCAUACAAUCCCUUUCACUUCAAAAGAAAAGAGUAGAAGAUGCUUCAUAAUGUGUUGUAUUUACACUGAUUUUGAGCUCAAUCACAUUCGGCUUAAGAUCAACUAAAAGUCUUUAGGAUUCUGCCAUUCUGAUGCUCUCUAAUUAAAGAUACAGGUCUGAAACCAAUGACUUGCAGAGUUGUAGUAGUUUGAGCUAACUUUAUUGUGCGUAGGAUUGUAAGACUAUGUUCUUUUCAGUUAAAAUAACUCUCCUACAUUCAGUAAAAAUCUAUUUUUAUUGCUAUGAAAUUAACAAACAACAAAAGGUCUGGAUGUACAAUAAAUAACUGCAUAUAACAAAAAAAGAUGAAUGGAGAAUAAGUAAAUAUCAGUAAAAAAAUAUCAAUUCAUUAAGAAUCUUUUUUUAAAAUAUUGAUAAAAGGGAAAAAGAAAUCACAUGUAAUUUCCUGCAAGCUUCCUUACUAUUAAGAAUUCAUUACACUCCAUUAAGAAUCUAAGGGAGAUUUAAAUUGGGAAAUUUAAAAUUAAUCAUGAUUGGGUUUUUGACAUGGUCAAUUUUAGAAUCAAAUUAUCUUCCUACCUAUUUGUUUGACAUUUCUUGUUGUGCUGCAUGUUGACAUUUUAAAUGGUUCCCUGAUGCCCUUUGAAAGAGUUCCAACCUUCACGUACAGCAUACGUGAAGGUAUCUUGUGUACUCUUUGAAGGAAUACAAUCAGUAAGUUCUGUUACUUGACCUGAAUAUCCCCUUCUGCACUUUGGAAGAGCUAUAUAUUUACCCAAUCUUAGUAAAGUGACAGUUAUGUGCUUAAUCAUGUUGGGAAUCCAUUAUAAAGAAAACUAUUUAGGCUAUUGUUAUUCGAUAACUUAACGCUGAAAUUUCUUCGCCUGAUUCCAUUGGUUAGCAGAAGUAAUACCGUCCCAUUAAGAUUUCAGACUUCUAUUAGUUUGGUCAUGAUCAAUGUAUAUCAUAUUACUUAACUAAUUAUAUUACUUAAUUAAUCAAACUUUUGUUGAAGAAUCUGUAAGAAUUAUCGAAUGAUUUGUGGAUAAUUUAAAUUACAAUCAUUAUUUAGUAUAGAUACUCUUCUAACUUAUUCUUCAUAGAAUACUAGUGUUUUUAAGCAUUUUCUCUUGCUAUUAAGGGGCAAGAUAAACAACAAGAAUGUCCUCUGAUUAUGAGACAUUGUAUCUAAUGACCUCCAUGUAUCUAUGCCCCUUUCUGACUGUUUCAAAUGAAUUAAGACAGUAUUUAAACCUUAAUGUUUUCUUUGGCCUCUAUCCUUAUCCUGGUAUGUGCAUAGCUAUAUUUCUAACAUACUGUACAGUCAUCUCUUUUUUGGUUUUGGAUCAUAACGGACUUAAUCACGAUAAUACACUAAAUUAUUGGCGAUUCUUAAUUGCUUAUUGUGAAUAGAGGAUAGGUUAAGAGUCAAUUGGACAUUUCAUCAAGGAGUACUGAUAUUAAUGUUGUUUCUGUUUACUGGUUUUAGGUUCUGGAUUCUGCAGUUUUUCUCAGUUAAACAUUUGCAAAUUUUCGUUACUAAAUAUUUUUUUAGUACUGUUGAAGCGCAUAUUUGGCAAGAAAUGCAUGAAGUUUGGUCAUUUUUUGUUCACUUUUUUUAAUACGAAGUAUAUAACUUGUUGGAUUCAUGUUCCUUAAUUCUUUGACUUGUGAAGGCGGUGUGUCAUACCCAAUCGUAAACAUAAUAUAUUACAGAACAUCUGAUUCUGAAUGUUAUAUUAUAAGGUAGACUGUUUUCUGCUGAUUGAAUUAAACAAUUCUUGCUAGAAUCUUGUUAAAGAGAUUUAAUCUCAGUUGAUUGAUUAUCUUUAGCGUCAUAUCUAGGUGGUGGUUGAGUAUUUUUUUAUCAGCUUAUUUUGGAACGACUUGUGUAUUUUUUUGAAGCGAAUCUAGGCAAUGUUUGUAGACAAAUGUUGCAAAUCUUAGAGACAGUUAGGUUAUAUGUUCAACACUUUCCUUGCCGUUUGGCCAAGUGUUGUGCAAAACUAUCCGAAAAACCGAAAAUCCGAAACCCGGUCGGUAAAAGUGGGUACUCAAACUGAUAUGAUUAUCGGUUCGGGUACACCCAUUCAAAAUUCGGGUAUUGGAUAUGGUUACGGAUAUCGUUAUACAAAUAACGGAUACUCGAUAACGAUCUGAUAAGCGUUUGUGCUAGCGUUGGUAUUUAGUGUUGAACUAUAUUACAAUAAUCUAGUUAUAAAAUCUACUUGUUGCAAUUGGAUAUCAUAACGGGUAUCCGGUAUUCGAUCCGAAAGUUUGUUUACCCGAAGUACGGGUAUCCAAACUUAACGGUUCAGUUCAUGGAUAUCAAUUUUAGCAUAUUGGUUAUCGGUUACCCGUUCCGAUAAUGCUAUUGGUUCGGGUACCCGACCCACGGUCACCCCUAGUUUGUCCUUAGUUAAUGACACUUCUUGCUUUUCCAAACCACCAAAGGACUUAUAUAUCAGUAAUAUCAGACCCUUCAUAGUUCAUACACUGUACAAUGGCCCUUUCAGGUAUUGUUUAUACAAAUUGGAAGGCCUCAACUGUGCAAUGACCCUAUAUUCUAAGACAAGUAACCUAAAACGUAAAACAAAAAGCAGGGUCUCUAAUCAUUAUAUAAUAUAGAUUCUCCUUUGUCUUAGUUUCUACUACUCUUUCCAUUAAUUUCCUUCUCACUCCCUUUAAAACAUCUCAUUCUUCAUUCAACAUUUUCUGAUCUUUCUUUAAUCCUACUUUCUUCAAUUCUGUGUCUUUUUUCUAAUUAUGGAAACUAUUGGGAUGAAUGAAGAUGUUUUAAGUCUCAGCUUAUCCACUGUUAGUCACUCAACCCAUGUUGAGAGGAGAAUCAACAAUUCCCAUCUUCUGAUAAAUUCAGAUGAUAACUGGGAAUUAAAGAUUUUCAGACUGUUUGAAGAAAGACAAAGAAUGCUGAACAUGAACAUGAAGAUCGAGCAAAAAAGUUCAGGUCUUCAUCUGAUUCAUUUACUGCUAGUAGCAGCAGCAACAUUAAUGAAAGAAAACAAUCUCAACUCUGCUAUUGAUGAUGUAACAGAGUUGUACCGAUUUGUUUCAGUAACAGGCGAUUCGGGUCAAAGGGUUGCUGCUUAUUUUGCUGAUGGACUUUCUGCAAGGCUUUUAACCCAGAAAUCUGCAUUCUAUUAUACCCAGAAAUCUGCAUUUUACUAUAACAUGGUGAUGAAUAAGCCUACACCUGCAGAAGAGUUCAUGGCUUUUACUCAUCUGAACAGAGUUUCUCCUUUUUACCAGUUUGCUCAUUUUACUGCAAACCAGGCCAUACUCGAAGCGUUCGAGGGGGAGGAAGAGACUAACAACUGGUGUUUACACGUGAUUGAUUACGACGUCUCGCACGGUUUUCAAUGGCCUUCUCUUAUGCAGUCACUCUCCGAGAUGGCGGCCAAUGAUGCAAACCACCGGGUAGUGUCGCUUUGUAUCACAGGCCUCGCUAAAAGCCUCGAAGAGCUGAUUGGGACCGAGAACAGACUCGUAAGCUUCUCCAAGAUCUUCCACAACAUAGCCUUCGAGUUCCACGGGUUGCUGAAAGGAUCAAAGCUCAAGAACUUGGAGAGAAGAAACAACAACGAAACACUCGCAGUCAACCUCGUUUUUCACCUCAGCAGUCUGAACAACACCUCAAACAUUUCAGAAACCAUGACAGUUAUACACUCCUUAAACCCUUCAGUAGUAGUGUUAGUAGAACGAGAAGGAAGUCAUCAUCAAAAAACCAGUAGUAGUAGUUGUCGAAUCCUCUCGAAUUACGUCGAUUCUUUACAUUAUUACGCUGCAAUGUUCGAUUCAUUAGAUGAUUGUUUACCAUUAGAGAGUGCAGAGAGGUUGAGUAUAGAGAAGAAUCAUCUGGGUAGAGAGAUUAAAGAUCUGAUAAUAGCUUGUGAUGAAGAUGAUGAUGAUGAAGUGAAGUGUUUGAGUAAGUUUGAGGUGAUGGAAACUUGGAAAGAAAGGAUGAUGUGUCAUGGGUUUGAGGGGAUUGUGUUGAGCUCGAAAGUGACGAUUCAGGCGAAAUUGUUGAUGAAAAUGGGGUGCCAUUAUCAUCCUCGUUUUGAAGGAGGUGAUGCCGGUGGUGGUAGUGGCGGUGGUGGUGGCGGCGGUGGUGGUGGGUUCAGAGUUUAUGAAAGGGAUUGUGGGAUGGGUAUAUCUCUUGGUUGGCAAGAUAGGUUUCUUAUAACAGCUUCUGCAUGGCGUUGUAUAUGAUGCAUAAUAUACAUUUUGUGUAGGAGUUAUGUUAUAAUUCACUAUCCUUGAAUUAUACAGUUAUUGUAAACAAUGCCUUCUGAUAAAGGUUGGACACAAUUUUUCCGAUAAUAUUAAGAGUAUUUUAGGGUUCGUUCAGUAUCA